UAUGUACCUUCCAAAGAUGGCUGUAAUGGCGACGAGGAUCACCCGAACGAUGACCCGCAUGGCCCGUAGACCCAAAACGAGGCCCUUUGUAUUCGGGUCGGCUUAUCCCGAUUCGUGUGGGAAUUCUGGGUCAUCAUUUUCGACCUCUGGAACGACUAAGGCCGGGGAGGAGUCGCCGGACAAGACCUUCGGGUUGCUCAAGGAUUACGAGGAUUACCGGCGGGGGAUGUAUGGUGGGCUGACUCAUAAGGCCCUCCUUGUUGAUGCAGUAGGCACUCUCGUUGUUCCCUCUCAGCCCAUGGCUCAGAUUUACAGGCAAAUUGGGGAGAAAUAUGGGGUGGAUUACUCUGAAGAUGAGAUACUAAAUAGAUACAGAAGGGCUUAUGAGCAACCUUGGUGUAGAUCUAGACUCAGAUAUGUGAAUGAUGGGAGGCCAUUCUGGCAGCAUAUAGUCAGUUCGUCUACUGGGUGUUCCGAUUCUCAAUACUUUGAGGAGUUGUAUAACUAUUAUACCACUAACAAGGCUUGGCAUAUAUGUGAUCCUAAUGCAGAGAGGGUAUUUAGGGCUCUUAGAAAUGCAGGGAUAAAGCUGGCUGUUGUUUCAAAUUUCGACACACGAUUACGACCUUUGUUGAGGGAUCUAAACUGUGAUCACUGGUUUGAUGCUGUGGCUGUGUCAGCUGAAGUUGAAGCAGAGAAGCCAAAUCCAACAAUAUUCUUAAAAGCUUGUGAAUUUUUAGGAGUAAAUCCCGAGGAUGCCGUUCAUGUAGGAGAUGAUCGUAGAAAUGACAUUUGGGGGGCUAGAGAUGCUGGCUGUGAUGCAUGGCUUUGGGGCAGUGAUGUCCACUCCUUCAAAGAGGUUGCCCAAAGAAUAGGAGUUCAGUAUGUGUAAGGCAGCGCAACAAGAGGUGGCCAAAAUUCACAGGAAUCAUGCAUGAAUUGGGACAUGGUUCGUUAGCGGUAGUCUUCAUGAUGAAGGAAGAGGAAGCCUUUUGGUGGAAGCCUCAUAUCGCUAAUUGGAGGCAAAUGAAGGGGUGCUGAUUCUUCCUAUUCAUGAACCGGCGUCAUGGAAUCAACGAGCAUCUACGAUUUGGAAGGAGACACUUAAAGUUCGUUUUAUUUAUCUUAAAUUUUAAUUUAAUUUCGUUAGACAUUUUGGCCAUGUUUGAUAACCGACCGUUAGUUGUUAGCUGAUUAUGAUAGCUGAUUGACAAUAAUUGGUUGUGUCAGUUGUUUUAGUUGACCAACUAUGUUAGCUUGUUGUCAGGAAAUGUUU